AUGGGGUUUGGCACAGGGCUGAGGGUCCUCUUGUGGGCCUUCGUAUUAACUAUCUGCUGUAUCCAACAGAAAGUCUCUAGCACAAAAGGCAUAUCUGGAAAGGUGACCAUCAUUCCACAACUUACGCAAACACCAAUUAUCACAUCCUUCAAUAAAGCUCACAAUGGGCAAGUGUGUAGCACAUGGGGCAACUUCCAUUUCAAGACAUUUGAUGGAGACAUCUUUCAUUUCCCUGGGCUCUGCAACUAUAUCUUUGCCUCCCAUUGCAACACCGCCUUUGAGGACUUCAACAUUCAGAUAAGGCGCACAGUGGCAGGGGAAACCGUGUCUAUCACUUAUGUAACCAUGAGGCUGGAUGGAGUAGAUGUUCAAUUGGAACCAGAUGCCAUUAUGGUGAAUGGUGAAAGGAUUGAACUGCCUUACAGUGGAGCUGGAUUCAUUAUUGAAAAAUCUGCCAUCUACACUAAAGUUUCUGUCAAGCUGGGCCUAAACUUAAUGUGGAAUGAAAAAGACAAUCUAAUGUUGGAACUGGAUGAAAAAUAUAUCAAUCAAACCUGUGGGCUUUGUGGGGAUUAUAAUAGCAUUCGAACUUACAAUGAAUUCAUUUCAAAUGGUGCCCACUUAACCAACCUAGAGUUUGGGAAUAUGCAGAAGCUGAAUGGGCCAACAGAAGACUGUGAGGAUCCUAUACCAUUUCCCCUGAACAACUGCACUGAUGUAUACGAUUUCUGUCGAGAAGUACUAACUGGCUCUGCAUUCUCUCAAUGUAAUGAAGUUGUGUGGGUGGAGGACUACAUUGAUAUCUGCGUACAGGACCUGUGCUUCUGCAAUGAGUCUAAUUCCUUUUCCUGUGCCUGUGAUACUUUUGCUGAAUACUCCCGGCAGUGUGAUCAUGCUGGUGGGCACCCUGAAAACUGGAGAACCCCAGAACUAUGCCCAAUGACAUGUCCUUUCAACAUGCAAUACCAAGAAUGUGGAUUACCCUGUAUGGACACUUGCACCAACCCUGAAAGAUCUCAGCUCUGUGAAGAACACUGUGUGGAUGGUUGCUUCUGUCCACCAGGAACUGUGCAUGAUGACAUCAGCGGCUCUGGCUGUGUCCCCCUUGAACAGUGUUCCUGCAUUUACAAUGGCAAAUCCUAUGCUCCAGGGGCCACCUAUUCAGAACCUUGCCGAUCCUGUUCCUGCACUGGAGGCCAAUGGGACUGCACAGAUGUUCCAUGUCCUGGCAUUUGCUCAGUAGAAGGUGGAUCACACAUCUCCACUUAUGAUGAAAAACAUUAUGAUGUCCAUGGUGACUGUACUUAUGUUCUGUCUAAGACUUGUGAUGACAGCCUAUUUACUAUUCUUGGAGAACUCCGCAGAUGUGGCCUAACAGAGAGUGAAACAUGCUUAAAGAUGGUAACCCUCAACAUCAAUGGAGGAGAAACUACGGUUGUGAUCAAGCCUAAUGGUGAUGUAUUCCUAAACUGGAUCUAUACCCAACUACCUAUCUCAGCAGCCAAUGUGACCAUCUUCAGACCUUCAUCUUUCUUCAUCAUGGUGAAAACCAGCUUUGGCGUUCAGGUAGACAUCCAACUCAUACCCAUAAUGCAAUUGUACAUUCAUGUGGAUCCAUCUUUUAAAGAGAGGAUGUGUGGCCUGUGUGGAAACUUUGACAACCGCGAGACAGAUGACUUCAGAGUCCUAAGUGGAGUGGUAGAAGGAACAGCCGCUGCAUUUGCUAACACCUGGAAAACACAGUCUUCAUGCCCCGACAUCAAACAUAAAUUUGAGGAUCCUUGCUCACUUAGCAUAGAAAAUGAGAGAUAUGCCAAUCACUGGUGUGGACUGCUGACUGACCGUAAUGGACCUUUUGCUAAAUGUCAUUCCUCAGUGAAUCCAGCUCCCUAUCAUAAGAAUUGCAUGUUUGACACUUGCAACUGUGAGAAAAGUGAAGACUGCAUGUGUGCUGCUCUCUCUUCUUAUGUAAGGGCCUGUGCAGCCAAGGACAUUGAACUUCCAGGAUGGAGAACCACUGUAUGUUCCAAAUACAUCACUUCCUGCCCCCAAUCCCAGAAUUACAGCUAUGUCAUCAGUACCUGUCAACCUACCUGUCGAUCACUGAGUGAACCUGAUGUCACCUGCAAUGUCAAGUUUGUGCCAGUUGAUGGAUGCACAUGCCAAAGUGGCACCUACUUGGAUGAUUCUAGAAAGUGUGUGCCUGCUAACAAAUGCCCCUGUUAUUACAAAGGAAAUCCUAUACCCUCUGGCGAAGUUCUCCAUGAUCUUGGUGUUGUAUGUACUUGUAGCAAAGGAAAGCUGAAUUGCAUUGGUGGAGGAGAUUCAAAGCCAGCAUGUGCUGCCCCCAUGGUAUACUUUGACUGCAAAAAUGCCACUACAGGCAUCACUGGAGCUGAAUGUCAGAAGAGUUGUCAGACACUUGAUAUGCACUGUUACAGCACACAGUGUGUCUCUGGCUGCAUGUGCCCUAGUGGGCUAGUGUCAGAUGGCAAAGGUGACUGUAUCCCUAUGGACGAGUGUCCAUGCAUCCACAAUGAUGUCGCUUAUAAGGCAGGAGAAAAGAUCAAAAUUGACUGUAACACCUGUGUAUGUAAGAACAGAAUGUGGAAAUGCACCAAAAACAAGUGCUUAGGUACCUGUGCUGUUUAUGGAGAUGGGCAUUAUAUCACUUUUGAUGACAAGCGUUACAUUUUCAAUGGGAAGUGUGAAUAUACCUUAGUCCAGGAUCACUGUGGACAGAACAGCUCCACUCCAGGAACUUUCCGAAUCAUCACUGAAAAUGUUCCUUGUGGCACAACUGGAACUACUUGCUCUAAGACUAUUAAAAUCUUUUUCGGGACCUUUGAGCUGAUACUCAGUGAGGAACACCAUGAACUGAUACAAAGGGGAGAAGGAGGUCAUCCGCCCUACAGGAUUCGCUAUAUGGGCAUCUACUUGGUUAUUGAAGCCUACAAUGGGCUGAUUAUCUUAUGGGACAGGGGAACAAGCAUUAUUAUCAAACUAAGUGCUGAUUUUAAGGGCCAAGUCUGUGGCUUAUGUGGGAACUAUGAUGGCAAUGGAAUUAAUGAUUUUACAACUCGAAGUCAGUCUGUAGUAGGUGAUGUGCUGGAGUUUGGAAACAGUUGGAAGGUAUCACCCACAUGUCCAGAUGCCAAAUGCACAAAGAAUCCCUGCUCCAAGAACCCAUACAGAAAGUCAUGGUCCCAGAAACAAUGCAGCAUCAUCAACAGCAAGGUCUUUGCUGCCUGCCACUCUCAGGUCGACCCAGCUAAAUAUUAUGAAGCUUGUGUGACUGACUCCUGUGCUUGUGACGCUGGAGGAGAUUGUGAAUGCUUCUGUACAGCAGUAGCUGCCUAUGCUCAAGCAUGUAGUGAAUUUGGAGUGUGCAUAUCCUGGAGGUCUCCAUCCAUCUGUCCACUGUUCUGUGACUAUUACAAUGCUGAUGGUGAAUGUGACUGGCACUACAAGCCUUGUGGAGCCCCAUGCAUGAAGACAUGUAGAAACCCAAGUGGGAGAUGCCUUCAUCAUUUACCAGGCUUGGAGGGCUGCUACCCAUACUGUCCUCGUGAUAAGCCCUAUUUCAGUGAGGAUGAAAUGCGUUGUGUUGAUGUUUGUGGUUGCUAUGAUGAUCAGGGUCACUAUCACCCACCAGGAAAAAAAUUUCACGCAAGGGAGACUUGUCAGUCAUGUCAGUGCACCAAUAGAGGCAUAGAGUGUAGCUACAACCCUAAAGCAUGCUACUGCUAUUAUGAAGGAAAGACCUAUAACUACAAGGAUGUCAUCUACAAUACCACAGAUGGCUUGGGCUGGUGCAUGAUUGCAACCUGUGAUGUCAAUGGAACCAUCAACAGAGAGCUCUACAAAUGUGCAGGAUCUACACCAACAACACCAUUUACAUUUACCACUUGGUGGCUUCCAAGAGGAACUACACCAAGCACAACGUCAUGUGUGCACAGAGUAUGUGAAUGGACAGAUUGGUAUGAUGUGAGCUACCCAAGAUUUGGACCAAACAAUGGUGAUUAUGAAACACCAGAAAACAUAAGAGCCAGAGGACACAAUCUUUGUAAAAUUCCAGAUCAAGUGGAAUGCAGGGCACAAAGAUUCCCCAAUGAAAAACUGGAGUCAUUAAAUCAAAAGAUAACUUGCACCAAAACUGGGGGUUUGAUCUGUAAUAACAAAGACCAGGUUCCACCAAUAUGCCAAAAUUAUGAAACCAGGUUCUUAUGCUGUGAAUAUACACCAUGUGGUAUACCAACAUCCUUACCUGCAACAUCAACAGCUGCAGAAACAACAGCUAUAUCUAAAACAACGCUGCCAGCAUCCUCAACAGGGUCUACAAAAGCAGAGACCCCCUGGUCUCCUGGAAGCAUGGCCACCACCCUUCUCCCACCCACUUCCUCACCCGGCUGCCAGCCCCGGUGCCAAUGGACCGCUUGGUUCGAUAACUACUAUCCAAGCUCAGACAGAGAUGGCUUUGAUCUGGAGAACGAGGAGACAAUCCGAGCAGAGGGAGGCCAGGUCUGCGAAAACCCUGUGGACAUCCAGUGCCGGUCAGAGGAACACCCCCAUCUCAGUCUGGAGGAGCUUGGUAAGAAGGUGACCUGCAACCUUCAGGAUGGAAUGGCGUGCCUGAAUGCAGAACAGACAGGAAAGAUCAAAAUGUGUCCCAACAUGCAGGCUAGAUACCAAUGCUGCGACUACAGCCACUGCAAACCGGGAACCACUGCACCGGGUUUCACGACAGCCGCCACCACAACCAUAGAGGGCAGCACCCCUGGAAAGAGCACGCCACCAGCAUCCUCCACGGGCUCGACCCCAGCUCCCCCGGUACCCACCACGACCCAGAGCACCACAGUUGUCUCCACCACCCCAGGAGUAACAGGCUCGGUAAGCACACCUGGAGUCACCCCCGGAAAAGGCUCCACUGUGACCGCCACGUCCCUGCAGUCCACCCCCGUUUCCAUGCCUACGGCGUCAAUCCCAACUGGAGCAGAGACUCCCGGGGUACCCGGAAGCACGGCCACCACCCUUCUCCCGCCCACUUCCUCACCCGGCUGCCAGCCGCGGUGCCAGUGGACCGCUUGGUUCGAUAACUACUAUCCAAGCUCGGACAGAGCUGGCUUUGAUCUGGAGAAUAAGGAGACAAUCCGAGCAGCGGGAGGCACGGUCUGCGAGAACCCCGUGGACGUCCAGUGCCGGGCUGAGGACUUCCCCGAUGUCAGGCUGGACGAGCUCGGUCAGAACAUGACCUGCAACCUUCAGGUUGGAUUGUUGUGCCGGAAUGCCGAACAAAAAGGGAAGAUGGAAAUGUGUCGCAACUUUCAACUUAGAUAUAAAUGCUGUGACUACAGCCACUGCAAACCCGGAACCACUGCAUCUGGUUUCACGACAACCACCACCACAACCAUAGAGGGCAGCACCCUGGGAAAGAGCACGCCGCCAGGAUCCUCCACGGGCUCGACCCCAGCUCCGCCGGUACCCACCACGACCCAGAGCACCACAGUUGUCUCCACCGCCCCAGGAGUAACAGUCUCAUUCAGCACACCUGGAGUCACCCCUGGAAAAGGCUCUACUGUGACAGCCACGUCCCUGCAGUCCACCCCUGUUUCCAAGCCUACAGAGAGUACUAAGCCUUUUGUCACAGUUUCCAUAGCUUCCUCCAGUCCUACUGUCACCACAGCAUCAAGUAGUUCCAUUACAUCUACUAUAGGAAUUACAACGGUCACUUUAAGCAGAACAACUCCUUGUUUCUGUCAUGUGUCUGGAAUUACAGAUUCUUUAUAUUCUCCUGGGGACAUAAUAUAUAAUAGAACUGAUAGUGCUGGGUGUAGUUUUUAUGCCAUUUGUAACCAGCACUGUGAAAUUGAAAGGCACCAGGGACCAUGUCCUUCAACAACUCCUCCCCAUCCACCAACUACACCAACUUCACCAGUUACAACUGCUGAAACAUCUUCAGCAUCAAAAACCACUGUUUUUGUUCCCUCAACUGAAUCAUACACUUCUUCACCGGUAUCGACCACACCAGGCAUCCCAGGUUGCCUUGAUAUUAAUCCAACUAGAAAGAUCAAUGAAACUUGGAUGUUAAGCAACUGCACUAUGGCAACUUGUGAAGGAAAUAACAGAAUUGUUGUGGUGCCUCUACCACCUCCAGAAAAGAUAGAAUGUGCAAGUGGACUUGAACCAGUCAAAAUAGAAGAUAUAGAUGGCUGCUUCCACUAUGAGUGUGAAUGUAUUUGUACUGGUUGGGAUGAUUCUAACUACAUGACUUUUGAUGGUGCUUAUUACACUUUCCAUGACAAUUGCACUUACAUCCUGGUGAAAGAGAUUGUAAAUAAACAUGGAAACUUCAGUGUUUUAGUUGACAAUUACUUCUGUGAUCCAGCUAAUGAUCAGUCCUGUUCCAGAGCCAUUAUUGUAAAUUACAACUCUAUGGCGAUAGUGCUAAGCAGUCAGAUGCACAAUGGAGUGAGAACUUCUCAGGUUCUUUUCAAUAAUAAGCCAGUCAAUGGGCAUUUCACAGUAAAUGGCAUUAUAGUUACCAGUACCAAAACUACCAUGACAGUUGAAAUCUCUGCCAUCGGUGCAUUUAUUGCCUUCAACGGACUCACCUUCUCAAUAAAACUACCAUAUUCCCUAUUUGAACACAACACGGAGGGGCAGUGUGGAACUUGUUCAAAUGACCGGUCAGAUGAUUGCCGCUUGCCCAGUGGCCAUGAAGCCAAUUCGUGCGUUGAGAUGGCUGUCGAAUGGCAGGUUUAUGACAAAAAUAAGCCUUAUUGUGAAGGAGUUACCCCGACACCAACACCGACACCUGUGUUGCCUACACCAACCAGCUGCACAACUCCUUCUCCUCUGUGUGAGCUGAUUGUGAGCGAUAUCUUUGUAGAUUGCCAUAGAGUUCUGCCUCCCAAAGUGUUCUAUGAAGAUUGCCUCCUUGAAGCCUGUCAGUCUGCCAAUGAUUCCCUGAGCUGCCACUAUGUAGAGAUGUAUGCUUCCCUUUGUGCAGCUAAAGGUGCUUGUACUGACUGGAGGAGCAAGACCCAAGGAAAAUGCCCAUACCAUUGCCCCAAAGACAAGGUAUACAGUGCCUGUGGUCUUGUUCCUGCUCCCACUUGCAUUGAUGGGCCAACUGAAAAUAAUAAUGCCCAUGUUUCUGAAGGAUGUAUAUGCUCAGAGGGCAAAAUCCUGUUCAAUUCAUACUCUGACAUCUGUGUCUCAGAGUGUGGCUGUGUGGGACCAGAUGGAUUGCCCAAACUGCCGGGUAGCAAAUGGAAGAGCAACUGUCAAGAAUGUAUCUGUGAACCUCUGUCAGUGAGUGUACAGUGUAAGCCACUGACCUGUGAGACCUCAAAAACACCUGUUUGUGAGAAAGAAGGCUUCAUACCUGUUCCUGUGCUAACUCCAGAAGACCCAUGCUGUCCAGAAGUGCAAUGCAAAUGCAAUACUAGUGCUUGCUCAAAUAAGAAGAAAUCUUGUGAUCCUGGAUAUGAAUUAGCUUCUGUUCUUUUAGAAGGAGACUGCUGUGUUACCUUCACAUGUGAACCAAUCCCAAAUAUCUGUCUGUUCAAUGAAACAGUUUACAAGCCUGGAACAACAGUUCCUGGUAAGCCUUGUGAAACAUGUGUGUGCGGUGAUGAAAUAGACCCAGCCUCCAAGAGAAAUAUUGUGGAAUGUACUGAAGUUGCAUGUGAUACCUCUUGCCCAGUGGGUCAUGAGUACCAAGUAAAAGCUGGAGAAUGUUGUGGAAAAUGUGUCCAAGUAGCAUGUGUCAUCACCCUUAAUGGCACUGUUGAGUUGCUCAAGCCUGGUGAGAUUUGGCACCCAGAAACUAAUAACUGCACUCAUUAUGAAUGUGAGGAAAUUAGCGACUCAUUAGUUUUAGUCAAUACCGUAAGAAAAUGUCCCAUGUUUGACCCAGAGGAGUGUGAGCCUGAUGAAGUGGAGCUGACUGAUGAUGGCUGCUGUAAAAGAUGCAAACCUCAAGAACAAAAAUCCUGCAAGGUUCAUAAGAACCAAACACUUAUCCGGUCAAAUGACUGUAUAUCCACCGAUGUUAUAGAAAUGACAUACUGUGAAGGGGCCUGUCCAAGUUCUUCAGUGUAUUCCGAUGAGACAAGGGCAAUGCAGCACAAGUGUACUUGUUGCCAGGAGCUCAAGAGCCAUAGGAGAGAGGUGACCUUGACAUGCCGGGAUGGCAGAAGUAUCAAUUAUGACUACAUCUACGUGGAUGAAUGUCAGUGUAUGACAGCAUGCAUCCCACAAGCCACCAUUAGUUAGAGAAAAAGAAGAAUAUGCAUUUGUCCCAGGAUAAAGAAACGAGCAUGUUCCAAAGCAGCUAAAGUUAGCAUUAGUUGCCAUCUAGUGCUACUUCAUCUCUCUGUAUUCCCCAAAUAAUAUCUGCCUUUUUCUUGGUCAGAUGUCAUAUUAAAUUAAUGUACUCUUUCUUGCAUGAGAAUUUACAGCCAUCUGGCUAGUUGUUCACAGAAUGGGUACAUUUGGAAAACUCUCCAAGCAUCCCUAAAAAGAGAGUAAAAUGGUGAUAUACAUGUGUAACAUUUUAAUGCAGAAAACUGAACUCUUGUACUUGACAGGUUUGUCCUGUGCUGUUUAUUUUUGGCUACAGUUCUUUAUGUUACUAAGCAUAUUUUUUUUUGAUGAGCACAAUCUUUUGUAUAGUAUUAACAGGCAUCUGACUGUGGUGAAAAUAAGUAUGAUUCCCAUUUUUUUCUGUAUCUCAAGGUUAAUUAAAAAUAAGCAUGU